CUCAGUUCGGAGCGCUCGGGUAGGUUUGGACUCCACUGACGAAGAGGAAGUAGAAUAUUCAUCCCUGGGAAUGACCAAAAGUCGUGGGCAAAUCGAGACCAGUUUGUUUGUUUGAGUUGUUUCACCACUUUUCGUCUUCUCAGCAGCUUUCAGAGAACUGAAGAUGAACCGAUUUUAGAGUGUCUGAUGUCGAGGACAGGAGGGCAACAGCUGUCCGGCUAAUCCUGCUAGCAGGCAGACAGUCUUCAUGAAUCAAGCCCUGAUAUUAAACAUCACUGAAAGAUCAACACACACACAGAGAGAGAGAGAGACAGACAGACAGACAGACACCAACUGCAUCAUGACCGAUGAUGUGAUGUUAAAUGUUCCUGUCAUCCGGCAGCAGUAUCACUGGGACUGUGGGUUGGCCUGUUCGAGAAUGGUACUAGAAUAUUUACAUCCAGUAAGUGAGGAGGAAUUCCAGAGAGCAUGUUUGGAAUUGGAGUUCACAGAGAGUGUGUGGACUAUUGACCUGGCUUAUCUCAUGUGUAAAAUGGGAGUCAGGCAUUGCUUCUGCACACAAACACUAGGUGUGGACAAGGGCUUCAGGAACCAGAAGAUGAAAGUCAUACACAUCUGGGAUGGCAUGAGGUCCUUUUACAAAAAGCAUUUUGACACGGAGGAGGACAGGGUGAAUGAACUCUUUCUGAAGGCUGAAAGCAAAGGAGUCGUUGUGGAAAAAAACUCUGUUACUGUUCAGGAGAUCCAGAGCCACCUGGAGCAGGGUAAUGUGGCCAUCGUGCUUGUCAAUGCAGUGGUGUUGGUGUGUGAGCUGUGCUCCACGCCUGUCAAAUACUGCUGUUUCCUCCCCGUGGGUCAGAAGUGUUUCUGCAGGAAGCCAGAUUACCAGGGCCACUUCGUGGUAGUGUGUGGAUUUAACCGCAAGACCGGCAGCAUCUUCUACAACAAUCCUGCUUACUCAGAUCGUGUGUGCUGCACAAGCUUUAGUAAUUUCGAAGAGGCCAGACAGAGCUACGGAACGGAUGAGGACAUUUUAUUAAUCUACAAAGACGGCUGAGUCUUUCACAGUGACUUCUUCUGAACAAACACACAUUCGAUACGCACCCCUUGUAUCCACUGUGGUUGGCUGGGUAGCAUUUUUGCCAGCAGGUACCAGCACUGCUGGCCAGUAGCAGGUAGUAAGUGUCUAUGCUAUGGUCCUCAUCAGAGCUAUAGCAUCGCACAAAACAUUGCUAUGGUGCUAAAUCGGUCACAGAAUGAUAAGUUAUGAAAUGUUAACACAGAAAGGAAAGGGAGAUGAAAUUAUUUUUUAGCUUGGGCUAAGUAUAUGUAACUCAACGUGGACAUAUAUUUUUAGCUACAUCUUGUAUGAUUUAUGUAGUAUCAGCUACUGUCGCACAGUUAGAGGUAAAGGAGUGUAUACAAUUUUGAUGUAACAUUUGUCUAGGGUAGCAUUAAAAAUUCAUGGGAUUAUAUAUUUUUUUGUAAGACACUUAAAGGAAUAGUUCAUCCCCAAAAAAAAAAAUCUCUCAUCAUUUACUUAACUCAUGCCAUCCAAGAUGUGUACGUCUUUCUUCUGCAGAACAGAAAUUAAGAUUUUUUGAAUAUAUAUAUAUAUAUAUAUAUAUAUAACUCUGUAGUUCCAUAAAAUGCAAGUGAAUGGUGACCAAAACUUUGAAGCUGCUAAAAGAACAUAAAGGCAGCAUAAAAGUAAUCAAUGUCUUCUGAAGUCAUCCAGUCUGUUUUGGGUGAGAACAGACCAAAAUAUUUAAAAAAAAUUCACUGUACAUCUUGCCAUUGCAGUCUCUAGGCAUGAUCGUGAUUUCAAGCUCUGUUACACUUCCUAGUGCUUGACUUCUUAUUGAUUACUUUUUUUUUUUUUGCUGCCUUUGUGGUUUUUGGAGCUUCAAAGUUCAGACCACCGUUCACUUGCCUUGUAUGGAUCUACAGAGCUGAGAUAUUCUUCUAAAAAUAUUUGUGUUGGCAGAAGAAAGGAAGUCAUACACAUAUGGAAUGGCAUGAGGGUGAGUAAAUGAUGAGAGUUCACCCAAAAAUACUAUCCCUUUAAGGGUGUGUAAAUAAACGUGAAUUAUUUUAAUUAUUGUGAAAGAGAGAAACUAAUUUUAAAAACUCAGGUAACGUGUUCAAUUCAGAAUGCUAAAUUGUGUCCCACUAUUGGGAAAGAUACAUUUCAUAGGUGCAAUACAUUGUCUUGAUUCACUUCUCCGGGGAUUUCCUCAAGGACAAAAUCACCUGGAUGCCACUCAUAACCUCAUUUAAAGUAGCAAGAGUGAGUGUGGUUGCUUUGUGGGUGACUCUGGCUGAAUUGUGAACCUUGAUUAUAAAGUACACAUAAAACUUGCACAACUAAAACUCACUCAUCGCACCAGUAUACGACUGAGAACGUCUCUGGGUAAAAUUACAAUAUAUUAUGUUUUAAAAUUCUGGUUAAUGUACUGUGUUGGUGUUAUUCAUAGUAGCCACACUAUACGUUAAUGCCUCCAGAAGAGAAAAGGAACACCAUGUUCAGCUUAGUCUCAGAGAUUUACUAUCCAGUGUUUUGUAGAAUAUAAUAGAGUUAUGUGCCAUUUGAAAUAGUCACAGUGGUGUGAAUGCUUUGCUGUUUGCUAUCUUGUAAACACAAUAUGACUGCUCAGUGGUUCAAAUGGUCCAAUCUUCGAUGAUGGUUAGUUAAAAAUUGCCGAUGCAUAAAAAAACUUGCACUAUAGUGUUCCAACGGCCAUAAUUAUGUAUUAUUUAAUCUUUGAUCAUUCAGGUUAAAAUGUUGUCCUUUGAUUUUUAAGACAUUGCAUCAGGUGUCCAUUUACAUCAGCUUGUGCUUUUUUAAAUAACAUAAGGAAUGUUGAUAUGGCAAACUUUAUUUUUAUGAAAUACAUAGUUGCAUUUAUGAAAAUAAAAUAAAAGUCGGAUUUGUAUUUUAUUCAAAAA